GUUGGAGAAAGGUUGGCGAACGUCGAAACAAUUCCUCAAACUUCCGCGCCGGAUUGGAGUCGGCACUCGAUAACUUUUGGAAAAAACAGAAAAAUAGGAAUAACUUCCAGGAGAAAUGGCCAUUGAAGACUUUGACGACAUUCUUCCCCACAUUGGCAGUUUCGGUCCGUUCCAGAAGAGGAUCCUCCUGCUGUCUCUACCAGUCAACUAUUUCCUGGCCGUCGUCUACAUGGCUCAGAUUUACCAGACGCUGACGCCGGAGCACUGGUGUUCCGUACCUGAACUGAGCCACCUGGAGCCGUCGGAGCGUCGCAAUUUGUCCAUUCCGCUGGAGACGCGUGACGGUGAGCUGGUCUACAGCAGAUGUCGCAUGUUUGAUGUCAACUUCACUCAAGAGGGAGCGACGGUGGACGUGACAGAAGGACGCAAUUUAUCCUGGCCAACCAAGCCGUGCUCGGCCGUCGACGGAUGGGAUUACGACUUGAGUGGCGGAAUGUACCACACCAUCGUCUCCGAGAGUAAUUGGGUUUGCGAAGACGAUUGGCGAGCCAAUUUCGCCCAGGCCAUGUUCUUCGCCGGCGCCAUCGUCGGCAGUCUCCUCUUUGGUCUAUUGGCCGACUGGUACGGCCGGCUGCCCGUCCUGGUGCUGAGCAACGUGCUGGCCUGCGUAGCGGGCGUGGCCACCGGAUUUUGCCGAGGGUUCGUCGAUUUCGUCGUCUGCCGCUUCCUCGUCGGAAUGGCCUACGAUCUCCAUUACAUGAUGAUGUACAUAAUCCUGAUGGAGUACGUCAGCCCGGAGAAGAGGACGAUAGUGGGCAACAUUCCGUUGGCCGUCUUCUUGACGCUGGGCGCCGGAAGCCUUCCGUGGAUCGCUUACGCCCUGGCGGAUUGGCGUCUUUUCUCCAUCAUUACAUCGGCGCCGAUUGCUGUUAUCGUCGUGGCUUGGUGGCUGGUGCCCGAAUCCGCACGAUGGCUCGUCCUCAAGGGGAAAACUGAUAAGACGAUGGAAACACUCCGCAAAUGCGCCCGCAUCAACAACAAGACGGUCGAUCCAUCCGUUUACGAGGAAUUUCAAGCGGCUACCAAGAGGACUUACCAGCUGGAAAAGGACAAUCCCACCAAUUGGAUGGAUCUCUUCCGCUCGUCGAAAAUGCGCCAACGCUUUCUCAUCAUCACGCUAACUUGGAUGGUGAUUACGGUUGUUUACGACGGCUACGUCCGCUCUUUGGCCAUUUUACCUUACAGCGUUUUCAUCACCAACAGUGUGGCCGGAGCCCUGGAAUUGCCGGCUGAUCUGGUGCCGGUCGUCACGCUCGAUCGACUGGGCAGAAGAUGGACACUUAUGAUGGCCCUUGGCUUGGCUGGAUUGGCCGGCAUAGCCACCGGACUCGUUCCCCAGAGUUCGGCCAUGUUGAUGACCCUGCUGGCCAUGGCCAGCCGCUUCUUUAUCACCAUCGCCAUGAACACGGGCCUCCAGUACACGGUCGAGCUCAUUCCGACCCAGUUGCGCGGGCAAGGCACUGGCGUCGUCCACAUCACUGGGCAUGGCGCCACAUUCUUCGCUCCCUUCAUUCUCUAUCUGAGCACCUACUACAAGACCCUGCCCUAUAUCGUCCUGGGAGCUCUGUCUGUUUUUGGCGGACUCGUCUGCCUCCUUCUACCCGAAACGGCCAACCAGAAUCUGCCCGAGUCGGUGGCCGACGCUGAACAUUUCGGAGCCGAUCAAUCCUUCUUCCAAAUGCCCUGUCUCUCCAAGCGGAGGGAGCGUCAACAAAGAUUGAACGACGUCGAGGACGUAGCUGUUGUCAAAAGAAGUUUGCCGUCGUUUGGUUCUGCUGCUGUGGGCGGUAGGAUCGCCAGCCCCACUCGUCAAUACGUCAAGGACCUGUCAGAUCCAAUGUUUACGGGAAUCGGGAGCGCCAAACUCGACCGACAACAACAACAGCAAACUGUUCCCCGUAGACAGGAGGAGCAUCAACCGGCUGAUGGAUGGCAGAAUGAAGCUUUCGCUACCGACGAUAUUUCUUGGGAAAAGCUUCAAACCACUCGAUUGUGACUCCUCCUGUGAUUCUUCUUCCAGAUCCUGAAAGGAAUCGUCUGGGAUUUUUCUUCUUCUUCUUUCCUUUUUCCCUUUUUUCUUAUUUAGAAAACGAAAAAAAUUUAACGUCCACCAUUUUCAUCUCGACAUCCAUUUGUACUGCCAGUCCUUGCGGGAUUGACGACCUCCGUGUUGAUCCCGCCGCUGCAUUUCCCCCCCAAAAAGUUGGACAGGCGCAUAUAGAACCGACAAGGUUAAAAUGGUUGCUGCAACGAGAUUGUCCAAGUAUAAAACGAAUAAUGAUAGCACGAAAUUGCUCACACCGUAACUGGCACGUAGUACAUUCCCCAGUCACGUCUACUCACGCACAAUAGGGACGAUCCCUACACACACAGCACACACACCCUGGGUCUUCUUCUUUCCUUUUUAUUUUCGAAUGCCUAUCCGAAAAGAAUUCCGCCGCCUGUCGCCAAAUUUAAAAAAGUACAAAAGCGGAGCCAUUAUUCAAAUUUGAUUUGGAAUAAUGCCGAGCGUGCGUGAGACUUUCUCUUUGGGAUUGUUAGGGGGGUCCUGCAUAAAACGACCUUAUAAGACACUGAACCCGCCGAGUGAAAUGCAACUGUGAUAACGGCCCCAUAUGAAAUGUGCACAUACGUAUACGCACACUAACGCGCUCGAAUAAUUCGUUCAACUUGCGCGCCGUGUUGUAUCGCUAGCAGCGCUCAGUCGAUUUCAAAUGCAAUAUUCACGCAGGGUUGACAAAUUCUUGUUUUCGGCUCUCUUUUUUUUCCCUUUUACUUGCUCAUCUUUUUGUGUAAUCAUCUUCCUUUCUUGACUAUCUGAUCGGUGACAUAAGUGCAAUAAUCUUUUAAGACGCUCCCAGUCUUGUCUCAAUUGUUAAUGCAGUUACCUGCGAUUGUGUGAAAUCGUGUGGAACGAGACGAAAUACGAGAGUUUGACAAAUAAAAUAAAUAAUGUGAA